AUGGCGUCGUCCACCAUGGCACUCUCCUCCCCGGCCCUUGCCGCCAAGCAGGCCAAGAUCGCCUCCUCCAACGUGUUUGGCGUGGGCCGCAUCACAAUGCGCAACACGGCCGCCAAGGCCAAGCCCGCCGCUUCCAGCAGCCCGUGGUACGGCCCGGACCGUGUCCUCUAUCUUGGCCCGCUCUCCGGUGAUGCGCCGUCCUACCUCACCGGUGAGUUCCCUGGGGAUUAUGGGGAGCUCGAGGUGAUCCACUGCCGGUGGGCCAUGCUCGGUGCUCUCGGAUGCGUCUUCCCAGAGCUUCUCGCUCGCAACGGCGUCAAGUUCGGCGAGGCUGUAUGGUUCAAAGCUGGUUCUCAGAUCUUCAGUGAAGGUGGCCUGGACUACCUUGGCAACCCCAGCCUUGUCCACGCGCAGAGCAUCCUCGCCAUUUGGGCCUGCCAGGUCGUGCUCAUGGGCGCCGUCGAGGGGUACCGCGUUUCCGGUGGCCCGCUCGGUGAGAUCGUCGACCCCCUCUACCCUGGUGGUAGCUUCGAUCCCCUCGGGCGGGCCGAUGACCCCGAGGCGUUUGCGGAGCUCAAGACCAUCGUCACCGGCAAGGGGCCCCUUGAGAACCUUGCCGACCACCUCGCCGAUCCCGUCAACAACAACGCCUGGGCAUUCGCCACCAACUUCGUCCCCGGCAAGUGA